CAACAAAUUCACAUUCAUCAAAACCCUAACCCUAUAAACUCUUCCCCAAAAAAAAAACCCUAAUCAUUUCCUUCCCCUCCAUCGCCGCGCACAUACAAACCACACUCACAUACUCCCUUACUUUCUCUCUCCUCAAAAUGCCGCCAAAGAUCGACCCAUCUCAAAUCGUCGACGUCUUCGUCCGAGUCACCGGCGGUGAAGUCGGUGCCGCGAGUUCACUCGCCCCAAAAAUCGGUCCACUCGGUCUCUCUCCUAAGAAAAUCGGAGAAGACAUCGCCAAAGAAACCGCCAAAGAUUGGAAGGGUCUCCGAGUUACCGUUAAACUUACCGUUCAAAAUCGUCAAGCUAAAGUUACCGUUGUACCUUCUGCUGCUGCUCUCGUAAUCAAAGCUUUGAAAGAACCUGAACGUGAUCGUAAGAAGGUUAAGAAUAUCAAACAUACUGGUAAUAUUUCUCUUGAUGAUGUUAUUGAAAUUGCGCGUGUUAUGAAGCCUAGAUCUAUGGCGAAAGAAUUGAAAGGUACUGUUAAAGAGAUUUUGGGGACUUGUGUUUCUGUUGGUUGUACUGUUGAUGGUAGUGAUCCUAAAGAUUUACAGCAGGAGGUUGAAGAUGGUGAGGUUGAGAUUCCUGAGAAUUAAUUUUGUUUUGGGUUUUGGAAAAUCCCUAAAUUUAUUGUUAAAUUAGGGUUUUUGAUGGAUGAAUUUUGCAGUGUCAGGAGGAGAAAAUAUGAGUUAUAUUUCGAUCUUUUGAUUAUGUUUCUUCUUCAUUCCCUUUUUUAUAUUGCAAAUGUUAUCGUGGAUAAUGUUGGCGAUUAUUUAUACAAGUUUUUAGUUGAGAUGA